AUCAUCCAAAAACAAAAACAGUGCGCUGAUAAGACAAAUUAGGAGAAAUGUGUGCCUAGAGGUAAGAGAGGAAAUAAAUUUUGCCAGUCAUUACAAAGAGAGGGUCAAAGAGAGAUGAAGGAGAAGCCUUAGUUUUCACACAGUACAUUCUUACCCUAGACCCAGACUUUUCUGUGUUGGCACAUUUAAAAUUACUGAUAGCAUUACUGUUCUUAUGCCAAUCAGAUCACCCAGGUGGGAAUUCCCCUACUUAUAUUUUCAAGGUUGAGAGGUGAAGAGGAAACAAAACAGCAGCGUGAGAGGAAGCUGGGCAAAGAAUGAUCAGCAAGAGAGAGAUGAAACACAGCAUAGGCUAACUGGCAUGCAAGCACUGAAGCUGCAGGUGGCAUCUCUGGGAAUCUUUUUGGCACAGACGUGAGUUUUCAGGCAAUAUAAUGACUACGCCCACCUGGCAAGCAUUGGCCAUCUACUUGGUCUUAGCUGCAAACCUCUCUGAACAGCAAGCACUGAAGCAGGCUUGUCCUUCAUGCGAUGCCAGUCAGAUUUGCAACUGCUCCUCCAUGGGCUUGGCCUUCAUUCCCCCUGGGCUCACGGCCAAAAUCACAGUGUUAAACCUGGCCCACAACAGGAUAAAGCGCAUCCAAUCCCAGGACCUGCAGCAGGCUGUGAACCUGAGAGCCCUGCAGCUGCAGUCCAACGAAAUCAGCUCCAUAGAUGAGGACUCCUUCCAGUCCCUGGCAAAACUGGAGCUCUUGGACUUAUCAAAUAACAGCUUGGCUCACUUGUCCCCUGUGUGGUUUGGGCACCUUUUUUCACUCCAGCACCUCUACCUUCAAGGCAAUUCCUACAGAGACCUGGGGCAGAGCUCCCCCUUUUCUAGCCUGAGGAACCUGAGCUCUCUCCACCUGGGCAGCCCGCAGCUCUCCGUGAUAAGGCAAGGGAACUUUGAGGGCAUUGAGUUUCUGCACAGGUUGUGGAUUGAUGGCAGCAAUCUCAGUCAGUAUGAGGAGGGAAGUUUGAAAUCAAUUAAGGAGAUAAAUCACAUGAUCAUAGGCAUAAGAAAUGUUACUGUGUUCUCAGAAAUUGUUAGGGAUCUUCUGCACUCUGUCACUUGGCUGGAAGUGAGAAGAAUAGCGUUUGGUAUCACUGCAGAAAUGCAAGCAUUGAGAGUCAUGUCUUCAUCUUUUGUAAAGAAGCUUUCUUUUAGACAGAUCUUACUAACAGAUGCUACCGUGCCUGAGAUUGCCAGCAUUUUAGAAGACAUGCCAAAAUUAGCAGAGCUGGAGCUGGUAGACUGUAGACUCUUGGGAACCGGACAAUGGAAAAUGCAAAUUCAAGUAAAGCAAUCACAGACACUUAAAGUUAUCACAAUAGAGAAAUUAUCUAUAGAAGAAUUUUACUUGUUUACAGAUCUUCAGCCAGUGGAAGGUCUACUAUCUCUUUUUACAAGAAUCACAGUUCGGGAAACCAAGGUUUUUUUGGUACCAUGCAGAAUUUCCCAACAUCUUCUGUUAUUAGAAUAUCUUGACCUUAGUGCAAAUUUGCUUGGAGACCAGAGUUUAGAACAUUCAGCCUGUCAGGGUGGUUGGCCAUCCCUACAAACUCUAAAUUUAAGUCAGAAUUCACUGAGUGACUUAGAAAUCACAAGUAAAAGUUUGUCUCAUCUAGGAAACCUAAUUGUUUUAGACAUUAGCCAAAAUAAUUUUGGUGAGAUUCCAGAUGUGUGUAAAUGGCCAGAAAACCUGAAAUAUUUAAAUCUGUCCAGCACUCAAAUUCCUAAAGUAACAAGCUGCAUUCCUGCAACGCUGGAAGUUCUGGAUGUUAGUGGAAACAACCUGAAGGAGUUUGGACUGCAGCUCCCGCUUCUGAAAGAGCUGUACCUCACAAGAAACCAGCUGAAGGCCCUGCCGGGUGCUGCACCCAUUCCAAACGUAGUGGCCUUGUCCGUCAGAAGAAACAAGCUGAACAGUUUCUCCAAGGAGGAGUUUGAGUCGUUCAGGAGAAUGGAGCUGCUGGAUGCCAGUGACAACAACUUCAUCUGCUCCUGCGAGUUCCUCUCCUUCGUCCAGCACGAAGCCGGGAUAGGCCAGGUGCUGGUGGGGUGGCCGGACAAGUACGUGUGUGACUCUCCGCUGGCGGUGAGAGGGGCGCAGGUUGGCGCUGUGCACCUGUCCCUGCUGGAGUGCCACAGGUCCCUGGUGGUGUCGUUGAUCUGCGUGCUGGUGUUCCUGGUCAUCCUGCUGCUGGUGGCCGUCGGCUACAAGUACCACGUGGUCUGGUACCUGCGGAUGACGUGGGCGUGGCUGCAAGCCAAGCGGAAGCCCAAGCGCGCCCCGCCGAAGGACGUCUGCUACGACGCUUUUGUCUCCUACAGCGAGAACGACUCCGACUGGGUGGAGAACACCAUGGUGCGGGAGCUGGAGCAGGCCUGCCCUCCCUUCCGGCUCUGCCUGCACAAGCGGGACUUUGUGCCUGGGAAGUGGAUUGUGGACAACAUCAUCGACUCCAUUGAGAAGAGCCACAAAACGCUCUUUGUGCUGUCCGAGCACUUUGUGCAGAGCGAGUGGUGCAAAUACGAGCUGGACUUCUCACAUUUCCGCCUCUUUGAUGAGAACAACGACGCGGCGAUUCUUGUCCUCCUGGAGCCCAUCCAGAGCAAAGCGAUUCCCAAGAGAUUCUGCAAGCUGCGGAAGAUCAUGAACACAAAGACUUACCUGGAGUGGCCUCUCGAAGAGGACCAGCAGCAGAUCUUUUGGUUUAAUUUGAAAAUUGCUCUAAGAUCAUAGACACGGAAAUUAAGGAACAAAAAUGUAGUGAAUCUAGUUUGGAUUUGUUUCAGUUGCCUGAUUGUCUCAUUACUUAUCUUCAUCUCAUGUACAGAGAGCUGGGCUAUUGCAAAUUGUAACAGUUGCUAUGAGAUAAUUACUUUUUCUAGCCAUUGUUCUGAACAGUUGUACAGGUUUGGGCUGGAAUACAGUCAAUUUUGUUCAGAGCUCCUUCUGUGGUGCUGUGGUUUGUAUUUGUGGCCAAAAGAGUGUCCAUAACACAGGGAUUCUUUAGUUACUGCUCAACUGUGCUUGCACAGCAUCAAGGUUUUCAAAUGCACAAGCAUUUUCCAUUCCUCACGCUGUCCUGCUUGUGAGCAGGCAGGGGUUGUAUUAUAAUUUGGGAGGGGACACAUCCAGGAGAGCUGAUUCCAGCUGACCUAAAAGAUGUCCUACACAUUUCGUCAUGGCCCAUGACUAUAUAAUCAGCACUAAAAGUUGUGUGAAAGAAAGAGGGGAUGGUUGGAGUUAACAUAUUUGCCUUCCCAGCUAAAAGUUCUGUGUCAUGGAGUCCUGCUUUCAUGGCAAUGGCUAAACAUUUUCAUGUUGAUGGAAAUUAGUUCCUUCUUCUGCUUUGCUUGUGAGCACAGUUUUUACUUUACCUGUUGAACUGCCUUAAUGUGAACUCCCAGGUUUUCUCACUUUUACCCUUCAGAUUUUCUCCCUGGUUUCACUGAGGGGAGAGAGAGAGAGUGGAUUUGUGGUGCUGAGCUGCCUUCUGAGUUUAAACAGCAAUAGUUAUCUGCACAUGUUAAUCAGCAAUAUCAGCAAAAGCUGUGUCAUUUAAAUAUUUAAUGAUGAAAAGUUGAAUAGAUACACAGCUAUGUAGUUUAUAUGUCCUCAUCUCUGCAAAAGUUUCAGGACAGAACCUGCCUAGCCAAGGGUUUUUCUGUAUUCUUUGUAUAAACUAUUUCUCAUCAAAUGCUAUAAAAGUCAGUUUAUUCAGCAAAGAAUUUUGUCCUAGCUCUCCUAGUCAGUGGAUCUAAGGACUGAUUCUCUGUAUUUCAUUGUCACAGAAAGUUUAAUUCCCAGAUCUCCUGAAAAUCAUGGCUGCAAGUUUUAAUGUAGAAAUAUGCUUUCUCACUGCAUUUCUGUCUGUUGUAGCUUUUAGGUUCUAUAAUUUCCUUUAUGAAAGACAUCUAUGGAAGAUGAUUUAUGUCUAAUUUCAUUGUACUGAAUGUGGCAAUAGAUGCUUCAGAACAGGGUUCAAAUACCCUUCUGACUAGCACAAGCGGAGUUUAAGCUGCUCUCAGCUACAGUGUGGGAAACACAAAUAUAUUGUCCUUGAAUCCAACACUAUGUUCGUCCCCUUGUUUAACAACCUUAACAUAGUCAUGGAAAGAGUGUUUCCUACCUUUCACUCUCUCUGUAAAUGUAGUCCACAAAACCAGAGUGGGUGGAGAACAUCCCACAUAGGACAUCGUGUUUGCUGUCAGGUGGGGUCGUGUUUUCCCGAGAAGGUUACUGGGACAAGGGUCCUAAUUGGUGGAAAAAUGGAACAAAUGGAAGACUGUCGCCAGAUUCAUCCUUCAGAGCUGAUGUAAAAAGAAAGGGAUGUCUUUGUGAUAUUUUCCUUGCAGCCACAGAAAAUUUUGGGUGAACUCUAAUAGCUUGAUUCUGGUAGGCCAGAAGGACCAUGAACUUCUGGAUCAGUUCAGGACUUAGGCACAACCGUUUCCAGGCACAUACUGAAGUAGGUCUUAAAAACUUUCAAAUGGAAUCACCUACGACAUUUGGCUGUACCUGUGAUGAGACCAUGUCCAAAUUAGUGUUUUUAUUACUGUUUUGAUCUUGGGCAUCUAAUGUGGUACAAAAACCCUGUUCAAACACCUCA